UAGUAAAAUAAAUUCAUGAGAAAAUCAUUGUCAAAGACUAUAUUUUAGUAGAAAUAUCCAAUAAUUUUAAAAACCUGAUAAAGAAAACAAACCAAAAUCUGCCUAUAUAUAUUAGCAAGUAUCAUUCUAGAGCUUCUCAAAUCAAAUCUCAGGAAACCGUUCCGGUCUUUCCUCUCGCCCUCGUCUUUGCUAUUAGCUCUGUUCUGUGGUAUAUUCGUUCUCUUCUCGAUUCAUCACAUCUCUAGUCUGUUCUGCGAAAAUGGAGUUACAGAACGAGGACAAGAACAAAGAAGAAGAGAAAAAAACAAAAAAGAAGUGGCAGAAGAGUUACUUCGAUGUAUUGGGAAUCUGUUGUUCAUCGGAAGUUCCUCUGAUCGAGAAUAUUCUCAAGUCUCUCGACGGCGUUAAGGAAUAUUCCGUCAUCGUCCCGUCGAGAACAGUGAUCGUUGUCCAUGACAGCCUCCUCAUCUCUCCGUUCCAAAUUGCUAAGGCCUUGAAUCAAGCUAAGUUUGAAGCCAACGUUAGAGUGGACGGGAAAGCCAACUUCAAGAAUAAAUGGCCAAGCCCUUUCGCGGUGGCUUCCGGCAUACUCCUCCUCCUCUCCUUUCUGAAGUUUGUAUACCCGCCUCUACGUUGGAUCGCUGUCGCAGCCGUCGCCGCUGGUAUUUAUCCGAUUCUUGCAAAAGCUGUUGCUUCUAUAGGAAGGAAGAGGGUCGACAUCAACAUCCUAGUCAUUAUAACGGUGGCAGCAACACUUGCAAUGCAAGAUUACAUGGAGGCAGCAGCAGCUGUGUUCUUAUUCACCAUAGCCGAAUGGCUUGAAACAAGAGCUAGCUACAAGGCAACCGCGGUAAUGCAGUCACUGAUGAGCUUAGCUCCACAGAAGGCAACAAUAGCAGAGACUGGAGAAGAAGUUGAAGUAGAUGAGGUUAAGGUUAACACCAUUGUAGCAGUAAAAGCCGGAGAAACCAUACCUAUUGAUGGUAUUGUGGUGGAUGGAAACUGUGAAGUAGACGAAAAAACCUUAACAGGAGAAGCAUAUCCUGUUCCUAAACAGAGAGAUUCUACGGUUUGGGCUGGAACCAUCAAUCUAAAUGGCUAUGUUAGUGUGAAAACAACUUCUUUAGCCAGUGAUUGCGUGGUUGCAAAGAUGGCUAAGCUCGUGGAAGAAGCUCAGAGCAGUAAAACCAAAUCUCAAAGACUAAUAGACAAAUGUUCUCAGUACUAUACUCCAGCAAUUAUCUUAGUAUCAGGUGGCAUUGCGGUUGUCCCGGCUGUAAUGAAACUACACAACCUCAACCAUUGGUUCCACUUAGCACUAGUUGUGUUAGUCAGUGCUUGUCCAUGUGGUCUUAUCCUCUCCACACCAGUUGCUACUUUCUGCGCGCUUACAAAAGCGGCUACUUCAGGGCUUCUAAUCAAAAGUGCUGAUUAUCUCGACACUCUCUCAAAGAUAAAGAUCACUGCAUUCGACAAAACCGGGACUAUUACCAGAGGAGAGUUCAUUGUCAUUGAGUUCAGAUCACUCUCCAGAGAUAUAAGCCUACACAAUUUGCUUUACUGGGUAUCAAGUGUUGAAAGCAAAUCAAGCCAUCCAAUGGCAGCAACGAUAGUUGACUAUGCUAAAUAUGUUAAUGUUGAGCCUAGGACUGAAGAAGUUGAGGAUUGCCAUAACUUUCCAGGUGAAGGAAUCUAUGGGAAGAUUGAUGGGAAUGAUAUCUACAUUGGGAACAAAAGGAUUGGUUCAAGAGCUAAGUGUUCAACAGUUCCAGAGAUUGAGGUGGAUACCAAAGGAGGAAAGACUGUAGGAUACAUCUAUGUAGGUGAAAGACUAGCUGGAGUUUUCAAUCUUUCUGAUGCUUGUAGAUCAGGUGUAGCUCAAGCAAUGAAGGAACUGAAAGACCUUGGAAUCAAAACUGCAAUGCUAACUGGAGAUAAUCAAGAUGCAGCCAUGCAUGCUCAAGAACAGUUGGGAAAUGCUAUGGACGUUGUGCAUGGAGAACUUCUACCAGAAGACAAAUCCAAAAUCAUACUAGAGUUCAAGAAAGAAGGACCAACAGCAAUGGUAGGAGACGGUGUGAAUGAUGCACCAGCUUUAGCAACAGCUGAUAUUGGUAUCUCCAUGGGGAUCUCUGGCUCUGCUCUUGCAACACAGACUGGUCAUAUCAUUUUGAUGUCUAAUGAUAUCAGAAGGAUACCACAGGCGAUAAGGCUAGCCAGAAGAUCUCGGCGCAAAGUCGUCGAAAACUUGUUCAUAUCAAUCACUUUGAAAGUAGGGAUACUGGUUUUGGCAUUUACUGGUCAUCCUUUGAUUUGGGCUGCGGUGCUGGCCGAUGUAGGGACUUGUCUGCUGGUGAUCCUCAACAGUAUGUUGCUGCUGCGAGAUAAGGACAAAACCAAGAACAAAAAGUGUUACAAGGCUUCUAGUACUUUGUUGAAUGGUAAGAAACUUGAGGGGGAUGCAGAGGAAGAGCUGGACUUGGAAACAGGUUUGUUAACAAAGACUGGUCAAUGCAACUCAGGAUGUUGUGGUGAUAAGAAAAAGCAAGAGAAGGUGAAACCAAGUAGUAAAUCCAGUUCUGCCCAUAGACAUUCUGGUUGUUGUGGUGAUAAGCAGCAGCAAGAUAAUGUAAAGAUGACUGUGAAAGAGAGCUGUUGCGGUGGGAAAAGUAAGAUACUGGAGAGAGAUUUGGCUUCAUUGAGAUCAUGCAACAAAAACCUGAAAAUAAAAGGUGGUUCAGGCUGUUGUGAUAAGAAGAAAGAGAAGCUGAAGGAGACAGUGGCAAAGAGCUGUUGUGAGGAGAAGGAGAAAAAUGUUGAGAUGCAGAUUCUUGGUGGCCAAAAGUUAAUUGAUUUGGAGAAAUGUCUGGCUGGUGAAACCUGCAAAUCAAGCUGCUGUGGCACUAAAGAGAAGGCUGCUGAGGCUGCAUACAAAGUGGACUGCAACUCAGGAAGCUGCAAGAAAACAUUGAAACAAAGCAGCUGCCAUGAGAAGACAUGUCUAGACACUGAAACUGGUGACUCCAAGUUGGUUUGUUGUGGAGAGAGAGAAGGAGGAAAAGUUGGAGAGCAAUCUGAUCUUGAGGUAAAGAAUGAAAGAGAAUGCAAGUCUGGUUGCUGCAGUGAUGAAAGAAAACAAACCGAGGAAAUAACUCUGGCUUCCGAGGAAGAGACAGAGAGUCUGGAUUGCUCCUCAGGAUGCUGCGAGAACAAGGCCACAGUGAAACAAAGCUGCCAUGAGAAUGCAGGUCUAGAAAUUGAAGCUGGUGAUCUCAAGUUGGUUUGUUGUGGUGGUGAUGAGAAACAAACUGGAGAGAUAACUAUGGCAUGUGAGGAAGAGACAGACGGCUCGGAUUGCUCCUCGACAUGCUGUGGAAACAAGGAGGAAGUUGAACAAAGCUGUCAUGAGAAGGCAUGUCUGGACAUUGAAGCUGGUGUGAGUUGUGAUCUCAAGUUGGCUUGUUGUGGAAACACAGAAGGAGAAGUGAAAGAGAAACUUGAUCUUGAGGAGGGCUUGCAGAUAAAGAACCAAGGACAAUGCAUGUCUGUUUGUGGUUUGAAGGAAGAUGGGUCUUCUAGUUUGUUGGGCAAAGAGCGAGAGAUAGUGAAAGUUCUUAGCCAAAGCAGCAGCUGCUGCACAAGUCCUACUGAGUUGCACGUGAAGAAGAAGAAGAAGAUAGAGAUUUGUUGCAAAGUGAAGACUCCAGAGGCCGUUGCUUGUGGAUCUAUUAAGUGUAAGGAAAGAGGGAAGCGUCACAUUGGUAAAAGCUGUUGCAGGAGUUAUGCCAAGGAAUAUUGCACCCACAGGCAUCACCACCAUCAUCAUCACCAUGUUGGGGCUGUUUAAUGGCCUUUUGAAUCUCGAUGCAUCCAUUCACAAUAACCUUGCUUAUUCCACUAGUGCCGUCCAGAAAAUAAAAAACAUUGCUGUUUAAUUGUUUCCAGCCAUUGUGUGGUUCAUCAAGAACAAUGUUAAUGAUCCUUUAUGUUUGCCUCUAGUAUUUCUCGUUUUUUGUUCUGUUACUCGGUUAUUUGAAAACGUUGGAUAAAACAAGU